UUUACUAAGACGACAAAGAAGAACAAGAACAAAAACAAGGACAAAAACAAGAAAAAAAAACAAGAGCAAGUUAAGUAAAAUUAGAACGAAGAGAAAUGUACAAGAAUAUCAAUAAGAAGGAAGACAGAAGAAAAGAAAUGAAAAUUAUGAAUACGAAGGAAGAAACCGAGAAGGGAAAGACAAGAAAACAAGACUAAGAAAUGGAAAACGUGAUAUCAGGGAAAUUAACGCGAGCAUCUUUUCUGGGUUUUCGCGGAAACAGCUCCCCGUACCCACAUCAUUACCUGGGCGUGGCUGGCGGAGGGAGUGGGCGUGGCGUGGCGUGGCAGGGGCGUGUGGGCGUGGCCUGGGAGGUGUGGGCGAGAGGGGUGGCGUGGGAGGCGCGUGUAUAAGACAGCCACGCGUGAACCUCGGCUGUUGACUCUUCGCUAGGCCGGCGUCAUGAGGGCGGUCACCUCCUGUCCCAGCCUACUUAUGGUGCCCCUCCUGCUGUCCUGCUGCUUCUCCCUGGCCCUCCUGCCCCUCGCCGCCGCAGCACCGCACCACUACCGCCGCCCGGCCACCUAUUCUUACGCCAAGCUGCUGGUGCCGCGCCCUCACCACCUUCAGGAGUUUCUGUACCCGAACGACGAUCAGGCACCCAGCGGUGAAGGAGAGGAAGUGCAGUCCUUGCCAGAAGAAGGAUACCUUAACAACAAGAUCCUACAGCUGCUCUUCCACCGGUACCUCCAGUCCUCCCUCCACGCCUCCCUCUCCUCCACAAACACCCCCGACGGUCAGCAUGCCCUCCGUGACCUCCCUUCCUCCUCCGGUCACCUCCACAGCGAUUACAUUAAAAGAAGUGGACAGGAAGCUAACCUUGGAGGAGGACUGUGA